CGACGUAAGCUUCUUUUCCUUGGACUCUUUAGAGCUACUUGGCAAACAGACGACGUUCCAUUCUGUCUCGAGGCCUACGUCAACCAAUUUUAAUGCUCUAUACCGUACUGCAAAUCUAGAUUUCACUCGGUGCUGUUGACAUUUGCUAUGCUGGCGACGAUGUUGACUACGCUGGCGGUGCUGGCGGUGCUGGUGAUUUUUAUCGGGGGCCAAUGGAAGGGCUCCUAUCCACAUGAGACCAGCACAUAUAAGACGAGCCCUCCGUCGCCUCUCACGAUAACCUCACCCUAUAAAGUAACACACCCACGUGGCAGUCAACCGCUUAUACGCAGGCAUUCGUCUGUAUUGAGCAAACAUAUCUGGGGCUUCCCGCUGCCGUAUCCGCAGUGCAGCUACAGCCAGCUACCGCCAGCCUGGUUCCAUCCACUCUUGCAGCGAGCAAAAGUCUUCUCUGGUAUCUCUCUCCACGUCUUCCAAACGCCAUUGACAACGGGGCUAUGUAACAAAACAGAGUGUGCCGCUCUCUUCUUGAGCUGACACUAGGCAAUCCCAUGUCGCCUUCCAAAAAUCUUCGUCGUCCUCCACAAUUCAAAUGAGGAACCCAAGGAAAUACCUCCU